AAUUACCAAGACGUGUGAACGCCGAUUGGUCACCACGAGAUUCAUCACCACACUCCUGCCCUGACUGCAUUCGCUUAACCAGCAACGACAUUCACAAGCAUCAACUGAGGUUGUGAUGUAGAAAAACUUUCUGAGGAUAUUUCGAAAGGUUAAACAGAAAGGUUGUGUGGGUGUGCUGGAGAAAUGUUGAGAAGACAUGCUGAUUUGGCACAAUUACAUCCCAUUCUGUCCCUGAGCGUCCAUUAAAAGUGCUCUCACUGCUUCCUGGGGUCUCUCUGGACCUGAACCCACUGUUGUAACGAGCCGAUCGGAGCAGAGCCGCAGAGCGAACAAAAAAUAAUGCAAUGUUGCAGGUUGAGUUUGCUGAGUUUUGAGAUUUUCUAAUAGGGUCACAUCAGCCUGUCCAGAAUGAUGAAAGAUUGCCUUCAGUUCCUCACUGAGCCAGCCAAGAAGCUCAAGUUUCGUCUGAAGGAGACACGGAAGAGAGUGAAACAUGUAAAGAAAGAGCCAUUAACAGAGAGUCAGCUGUUUAUAAUGGAGCUCGCGCGAGAACUCAACAGGAUCUGUCAGAGGUCCUAUAUUCUGGCUCACAUCUGGACCGGAGAGGAUGUAUGGCCUCCACAUGCCUGUCGAGAGUUCAUUUUGGAGACCGCCAACAUCCUGGAGAUGAAGGAAAAUAUUGAGAAGCCCAUGCAAGUUCAUGCUGAUCUGCAUCCGGAAAAGCGGGACUGGAAGAGUCAAUUACUGAGCAUGCUGGAGCAGGGAGGAGAAUAUGACAUGGGCCCGUACAAAAGGAUCAUUAUGGACUGGACACGAGCACAGCGCAACAGACACCCGCAUGGUAUCUGGCCGGGUGAGGCGGUGCUGAUGAUGUUGGAUGACGUGGAGCUGCAGUGGAAGCGGGGUCACCUGUCACACCUGCAGUCUGCCUUGGAGAUGCUCAUAGGGGUCGUGCUUGGGGAACAUCUGGACAAGGAGCUCAUUCCAAGACUGUGGCUGGUACAAAAACAAAAGACCCAGAAGAUCGAUUGCACUGGCUACAUUCCACACAUAGUAUGGAACUGGAUAUGUGAUGCUACAGUGGAGGUGACUUUUGACCCAGAGACGGCCAACCCUGCUCUGGUUCUGUCUGAGGACUGCAAGCGCAUGCAGUGCGGUCUGGAGCGGCAAGAGGUUCCCUGCAGUCUUAGGCGCUUUGACGGCUGGUGGUGCUGUCUCGGCUCUGAGGGCUUCUCGUCAGGACGCCGGUACUGGGAAGUAGAAGUGGGCGACCGUGAUUGGCGUCUUGGGGUGGCAAAAGAAUCAGCUCUCUGCAAAGGCUACAGACCGCUCAACACUCAGAGUGGAUACCUCACCCUCAGGCUGGAGCGGGGUUCCGAGCUCAAGGCCCUGACCAUACCGCCCACACCCCUGCCCCAGUCGCUCAUCCCGCGGAGGGUGGGUGUCUAUCUGGACUAUGAGGAGGGGCAGCUAUCCUUCUAUGACACCCAGAAGCGUGCACACAUUUACACAUACAGCGAGAGGUUCACAGAGAAGCUUUACCCAGUGUUUGGGACAGUGGAGAUGGUGCGCGAGAUGGUGCUCAGGCCUUCAGACCUGAGGGAGCGAUGUCUCUGUAAGGGGCAAUGCCUGUUCUGUUAAUGUAGGUAAUGAUUGCACAAUCCUCACACAAAUGGAUAUGAAGAAAUUACAAACACCAUAAAACAUUCAUACAGUAAUUGAUCAAUGCUUACCAAAAAUAGAAGUGCAUAAAGUGAUUUCUGCACCACUAGCAACACAAAGGAAUUGAAAAAAAUACUGUUGUUAAACAGUCUGCGGUUGGUCAGACAAACAGAUAGUCCCAGAAAGAUGUAUUUUUGUAGAUUAACUUUGACGGUAGCAUGACCCUGAUUCCCUCGACAGAAUCCCAAAUUGUUUCUGUGUGAGACCAGUUAGCAUGCAGUGUUUUAACUUUUUUUUUUGAAGAAAUCAACCUCCAAAUGGUGUAGUCUAUGCAUAUUAAUCUGGGAUGGAAUUGAUUUUAACAUUGAAAAAAAAUCACGUACUUCAGCUAUGCUUUUCUAUGUGCAGCUACCAAAAAAAGAUGCUUAACAAUUCUAAGGGCUUGUUUGUUCAUACUUAUGCAUGAGCGCUGGGAGUGUGUUCAUGACUUUAUCUUGAUGCAUAAAUGCAGAUAUCUAAGUGCUUUAGUUUAAUUGAACCACGGAAAAUCUCAAAAGCUCAACGUCAUUGUAAUAUUUCUAAAUUAUUUGCAUUCUGAAUUGUGAUUGUUCUUCUUUCGUUACCCAUAUAAUGUCCAUUGCCAUUAUUUUUUAAAUAAAAUAAAUAAAAACAUUUAUCCAAAACCAAGGCCUAAAAGUGAAAUAUUGUUUGGCUGACCUGAAUGCACUUUCCCAGUUUUAGCACGUGUUGAAUAUAAUCACGUUCGACUCCGUUUGUUUGUCAGUAACAUAAGAAAGCAUGUAGAGGGCAGUGUCAGUACAUCCUCCUCCAAUCAUUGUAAAGCAUUUCAGUAGCUCAUUUCACAGUGCUAAAAAAAUCUGAUUGCACCUAAAUCUGUUUCUAAUAAACAAAGCUGACACACGAUGA